AGCAGGAAUUCUAUUGAAAAGGAGUCUGGUGCGAAUGCCGGUUCAUCAGGGGCGGCUACUGUCGAUGCCGGUUCAUCAGGGGCUGCUGACGAGGCUGGUUCACCAGGGGUUGUUGCCGAGGCUAGUUCAUCAGGGGCUGGUGCCGAGGCUGGUUCAUCAGGGGCUGGUGCCGAGGCUGGUUCACCAGGGGCUGUUGCCGAGGUAGGUUCAUCAGGGGCUCUAAUGGCAGAGGAGAAGAUCAGUGAAAAGAAGAAAAAGAAAAUCAAAGUAGUUGCUACAAAGGGUAAAGCAAAAAAGGUUGAAAAAAGAGUGAAAGAAAAGCAUAAUGUGAAGUUUGAGGAUCCAGACAGUGAAGAUGCUGUUGAUGAAGUGCAGAAAUCAAAAUCUGUUGUUUAUGGGACGUUGCGUAAUAGGAUGUCACCUUCAUCUGUUGUUAAUGUUUUUAAGGAGUUUUCUGAAGAUCAGUUGACUGCCAUUAGAGCUAUAGGAUUUGGGUCUUUGGAGUAUUUGAAAGUGUCCCAAUUGCCUUUGCAAUUGGGUUUUUGGUUAGUCAAGCACUUUGAUGCUCAUAGUUGUACGUUGAAUAUUCCUGAUUCCGAUCCUUUCAAAAUUACGGAACAACAUGUACAUGAUGUCCUAGGGCUGCCAGCUGGAGGCAUGGAGAUGGAUGCUAAUCUUUUUUCAAAGGAUGAUAAAGUUAUUAACCAGUGGAAAAAACAGUUCCCAAAGAACUCAUUAUUUGUGAACAUUGGGGAACUUUCAAUGUACUUGAAGAACCAUAAAUCAGCUGGGCCAAUGUUCAAACGCAAUUUCGUAGUUCUUUGUGUUUCCACUUUAAUGUCAAGUAGUUUUUUCAUUUUCAUAUUUCUUAUUUUAAUUUCAUUUUGUUCAUUUUAAUUUCAUUUUGCUCAUUUUAGUUUCAUUUUGCUCAUUUUAGUUUUUGUUUGAUCAUAUUUUUUUAAUUUUGUUAUUUUAUGUUAGGAGGACAAAACAAGAAUGUUAAUCAUGACGUUCUCAGAUAUUUGAGUAAUGUUGCUAAAAUCAAGGAUUUAAAUUGGUCGAAGUUUAUCCUUGAUUCUCUUGUGAAGGCGAAGAUCAAAUGGGAUGAGCUUCCUACUCGCUACUUUCCAGGAUCUUUAUUAUUUCUUAUGCUUUUAUAUGUUGAUCAUUUUGUCAUUGAGGAAGUUAGAGCGAAACGAGAAACUCCUGUUCUCAAAGGCUGGACAACGAAUAUGUUGUCUAGCCGUGAGAAAUUGGAAAUUUUUAAGGGGAGGCUUGGAAUUUUCGAUAAAAAUCUGAAGGUUGUUGGUCCUUCUGGCAGCAAACAACCAAAAAUGGUAUUUCACUUUCAAUCAAUACUUAGCUUUUUUGCCUUUUAGAAUUAAAUUGAAUUGGACCAAAUCUUGUUAGAUUUCAUUGCAAACGAUCCCAACUUAUUCUGACUUUUUUUUUUU